AUGGAUAUUGGCGGACUCACCACCGUGGUGGCCAACUCGGCCUACAUCUCGGCCCGGGGCAGCCUGGACGGCACGGCCAACCCAGCCCUCAACCGGGAGAAGAAGUACUUCGCCAAGCUGAAGCUGCCACACAUCACCGUGUGCGAGAGCCUGCGGGAGACGCUGGACCUGGAGUUCAACAGCGUCUGCGUGGAGCAGCCCAUUGGCAAGCGCCUGUUCCAGGAGUUCCUGGAGACGGCCGGCGAGUACAAGGGCCCCUCCCGGCUGUGGAAGGACAUCGAGGAGUACGACACCGCGGAGGACAAAGACCGGGUGCACAAGGCUGGCAAGAUCAUCCAGCGGUACAUGGAGCCGACCGCCAAGUACUUCUGCCCCUUCCUGCCAGAGAAUGGCAUCACGAAGGUGAAGGAGGGGCAGCAGGAGGCCAGGAACUGCCUCUUCGCGGAGACGCUGGAGACCGUCCUGAACUUCCUGAAGGAGGUGCCUUACACGUUCUUCCUGGAGACAAUGUACUUAAAGCGCUUCCUGCAGUGGAAAUGGCUGGAGAAGCAGCCCGUCGUGGACGACUGGUUCUUGGACUUUCGGAUCCUGGGGAAAGGGGGAUUCGGGGAGGUGUCGGCCUGCCAGAUGAGAGCCACGGGGAAGCUGUACGCCUGCAAGAAGCUCAACAAGAAGAGGCUAAAGAAGAGGAAAGGCUACGAGGGGGCCAUGGUGGAAAAGAGAAUCCUGGCUCGGGUUCACAGCCGCUUCAUUGUGUCACUAGCCUAUGCCUUUCAGACCAAGUCUGAGCUCUGCUUGGUCAUGACCAUCAUGAACGGAGGAGACCUCAGGUAUCACAUCUACAAUGUGGAUGAGAACAAUCCUGGAUUUGAGGAGUCUCGAGCCUGCUACUAUUCGGCCCAGAUCAUCAACGGCAUGGAGCACCUUCACAAGAAGAGAAUAAUCUACCGAGACCUGAAACCAGAGAACGUACUGCUGGACAAUGAAGGUAAUGUCCGUAUCUCUGACCUUGGGCUGGCAGUCGAACUGAAAGAAGACCAGUUCAAGAUCAAAGGCUACGCUGGAACUCCAGGUUUCAUGGCCCCAGAGUUACUGAAAAGCGAGGAGUACGACUACUCUGUGGAUUACUUCACCCUGGGAGUUACUCUCUUUGAGAUGAUGGCAGCCAAAGGUCCCUUCAGAUCGAGAGGGGAGAAGGUGGAGAGCAAGGAGUUGAAGAAGCGCAUCAUCAAUGACCCGGUGACCUACCCAGAGAUCUUCAGUGAGAAUGCCAAGUCCUUCUGUGAGGGCCUGCUGGCCAAGGAUCCGGAGAAGCGGCUGGGAUUUAAGAACGGGAGCUGUGACGAGAUCCGAGCGCACCCGUUCUACAGCGCCAUUAACUGGCGCAAACUGGAUGCAGGAAUCCUGCCUCCACCGUUUGUGCCCGACUCUAAGACCGUCUAUGCAAAGAGCCUGGAUGAUGUGGGGGCCUUCUCCACCGUCAAGGGGGUUAACCUUGAGGAACCCGACAAGAAGUUCUUUGACGAGUUCGCCUCAGGGAACAUUUCCAUCCCCUGGCAGGAGGAGAUGAUUGAGACGGGGGUUUUUGGGGAGCUCAACGUCUGGGGUCCGGGCGGGAAAGUCCCGGACGACCUCCGCCGGGAGUCCAUCUACGAACAGCCUCCCAAAUCCUCCACCUGCUGCCUCUGCUGAGGGAUCAGCGUAGAAACACACCCUUGCUUUACUUUGGAGGUCGGAUCUGUGGCUGUUACUUUCUUACAUUUUUUUUCCCUCCUGAUCCACUUUUAGUUUCUG